AUGAAGCUCGCACACGCCUGCGCGCUGGCCGCCGUGCUCUGGUCCGCCGUCGGCCUCGCCUCGUCCGACGACAAGAAAGAGAAGAAGGCCAAGCCGUGCACCAUCAAGUCGCCGACCGACCGCUUCUUCGACCUCAACCCCAUCUCGGUCCAGCCCGACAGCACCAAGAAGGGCAAGGACGGCAAGUCGCAUCCCGCCGAGAGCUGGCACGCCAAGGGCUACGACUACCCCGCCAAUUUCACCGUCAACUUCUGCGCUCCCGUCGUCGAGGACCUGGAAGACGUCGUCGGCCUGGACAGCCACAGCACCAAGAACGUCAGCGCCUACUACACCCAGCACGGCAAGACGUACUCGAUCGGCCAGCAGAACACGGAGCUGGUCUUUCGCGGCAGGAAGCUUAUUCUUAACUACACGGAUGGAUCGCCCUGCGGCGAGGACUCGGACUACUACCGGAGAGACGUCCACAACCUAGAGACCAGAAAGAAGCAUGACGAUGACCAUGACGACGACGACGACGACCUGCACAAGUCCAAGAAAGGCAAGACGGACAAGCGCCGCAAGUCGACGGUGAUUUCGCUGCUGUGCGAGACGGAUUCCCUGUCGCCGUCAGACGAAGCAACGGUGGCCUUCGUCGCGGCCAGCCCGGACGAAUGCACCUAUUUCUUCGAAGCCCGGAGCAAGGCUGCAUGUGGAGGCAUCGAGAAGGAAACGCAGCAGCUUGGCCCGGGCGGAGUGUUUGGUGUCAUCGUGCUCAUUGCCUUCCUCGUGUACUUUGUCGGCGGCUGCAUGUACCAACGGACCGUCAUGCACCAGCGGGGCUGGCGCCAGAUUCCGAACUUCGCCUUCUGGGAGAGCAUCUGGCGCUUCUUUACCGACGUGUUUGUCAUCCUCACCUCGUCCUGCGCUCGCUUCCUGCCCAGUCGUCGUGGCUACAGCCGCGUCUCGCUGCAUGGCGACAGGAGCCGGGGGCGGGGCCGGGACUCGGAUGACGAGAAUCGGUUGAUCGAUGAACUCGAUGAGUCUCUGUGGGGAAUCUCCAGAGCAAGUCUCGGUUUCCCCGUUGUACAACGGAACAUGAAGAAAUUGAAAAGCAUUGGCAACAAUUGCCGACCGCGUGCCAAUCCGUCUCCAAGUCGAAUCCGUGGCUACCAAGCAGAGAGGCCUACAGCGCUACCUGUCGCUGUAGAAACGAGCAGCAUUCCAGAAGGGAUCACGCCAUCCGGAGCCGUAUCUCGCUGGCACCGCACCGAUCUAAGACUCCACGACUCGCCAGCCCUUCAAGCAGCACUAGACCUCAAACCAGAAUGCCUCUGGCAAAUCUGGACGUGGGAUAGCCACUACGUAUACCAUACUCGCAUCAGCCCCAACCGCUACUCCUUCCUCCUCUCCUCCCUCCGCGCCCUCUCCGCCUCCAUCGCCGCCCUCAACCCCUCCUCGCAGCUCUUCGUCCUCCGCGAACCCCCGCACACCCUGCUCCCCAAGCUCUUCCGUUCCGAUCCCCCGGCCCUGCGCCCCACGCACCUCGUCUACGAGCGCGACACGGACGCGUACGCGCGCGCCCGCGACGCCGCCGUCGUCGACGCCCUGGCGCGCGAGGCGGGCGUCGAAGUCGUGACGAGGUGCGGGCGCACGCUGUGGGAUCCGGACGAGGUGGCGGCGCGGAACGGAUCGGGGGGACGAGGGAAGCCGACCAUGUCGAUGGCGCAGCUGAGGCGGGCGGUGGAGGGGUUGGGGGACGUGCCGAGGCCGGUGCCGCGGCCGGAGGGGCUGCCUGGUGGGCCUGGGAGCGGGGAGGAGGCGCGCCGGCUUUUUGAGGGGGUGGUGCAGGAGAGGCCGGCGGAGGCGGAGGCGGUGGCGGAGGCGGGGGAGGCGGUGGCGGGGGGAACUGGAGGAGGAGAGAAGACGUAUUCGUACGGCCUCGCGGGACCAAAGGGCGACUACGGCGUGCCGGAGAUGGCGGAGCUGGGGCUGGCGGACGACGCGGCGACGACGUGGGUCGAGGGCGGCGAGGCGAGGGCGCUGGAGGCGCUGGCGAGGGUCGUGGACGACGCCGAGUACGUCGCGACGUUCGAGAAGCCGGCCAAGGCGCCGACGGAGUGGGAUCCGCCCGCGACGACGGUGCUGAGCCCGCACCUGCACUUCGGGACGCUCGGGGUCAGGCGGUUUUGGUGGGGCGUGAGGGAUGCGGUGGAGAAGUACGAGAGGGAGAAGGGGAAGGGGACGGCCAGUGGGAUGCCGGUGAAUCUGGAGGGGCAGUUGUUGUUCAGGGAAAUGUACUUCGCCGCCCAAGCCCCGCUCGGCCACCUCUUCGCCCAAUCCCACAACAACCCGCAAUGCCGGCACAUCCCCUGGCACCUGCCCAGCGUCGUCGACCCGGCCACCGGCCUCUCCACGCGCGCCUACGUCGUCGACCCGGCCACCGGCCUCUCCACGCGCGCCUACGUCGUCGACUCGCCCGCCGCCGAGCGCUGGUUCCUCCGCUGGCAGGCGGGCGCGACGGGCUUCCCCUGGAUCGACGCGCUGAUGCGGCAGCUGCGGCAGACGGGCUUCGUCGAGCACCUGGGCCGCCACGCGCUCGCCUGCUUCCUCACCCGCGGCGGCUGCUACGUGCACUGGGAGCGCGGCGCCGCCGUCUUCGAGGAACUCCUGCUCGACCACGAGCCCGCGUGCAACGCCGGCAACUGGAUGUGGCUCGCCUGCGCCGCCUUCUUCUCGCAGUUUCACCGCUGCUACAGCCCCGUGGCUUUCCCGCGCAGGUGGGAUCCCGAGGGCGCGUUCGUGCGCCGCUGGGUCCCCGAGCUGGCGGGAUUCGAUGUCAAGUUCGUUUACGAGCCGUGGAAGGCGCCGAUUGCGGAUCAGAAGAGGUGGGGGUGUAGGGUCGAGGAGUACGAUGAGAGUGUGCAUGGGGGCGAUGCGGGGAAAGGCGUCAUGUCGUAUCCGAAGCCGAUGUUCGACUUUGAUGAGAGGAGGCGGGUUUGCAUUGAUUCGAUGAAGAAGGCGUAUGAUGUGGGGCUGUAUGGCAAUGAUAAGAGAGUGUUGGACGGGACGUGGAGGGAGUUGUUCGAUGACGAUGCGGAGGGAGCCACUACUGGUGCGCCCAAGAAGAAGCUUAAAGGGGGUGGUAAUGAAGAGAGGAAGGAGAUGAAGACGAAGAGCGAGGAAACGAGCGGUGCAACGGCCAAAGGUGGUCACAAGAGGCGUGGCGGGGCUCGUCAAGGUACGCUUGAUGGCAUGUUCAAGAGAUCGAGGAAAUCAUGA